GGAGCACUGGUUGUGGUAUCUAACGCGUUUCCGUUUCUGGCUCUGCUCUUUCUUUUUGACAUUGUCGGCCGACUAAGUAAUUUUGUCGCUUAAACAUUCAAUAUGGUUGCCGUAAAGAAACAGAAGAAGGCUUUGGAGAGCACCAAUGCUCGUCUGGCUCUGGUGAUGAAGUCCGGCAAAUACUGCCUGGGCUACAAGCAGACCUUGAAGACCCUGCGUCAGGGCAAAGCUAAGUUGGUGCUCAUCGCCAGCAACACUCCAGCUCUGAGGAAGUCUGAGAUUGAGUACUACGCCAUGUUGGCCAAGACCGAGGUCCAGCACUACAGUGGCACCAACAUUGAGUUGGGCACCGCUUGCGGCAAGUACUUCCGCGUGUGCACCAUGUCCAUUACCGAUCCUGGAGAUUCGGACAUCAUCCGCUCGCUGCCCGACAACUAAGUAAAUGAUUACAACUAGUUUUCCGUUUUUUUGCUGAAAUAAAAAAAGCUAUUCGUAAUUGUA